AUGUCUGACAAACCUGCAACCCAGUCUGCCUCGGGCACUGCAUAUGCUGGCUAUCCCCAGUCAAGAAUGCCGUACACUGCAUCGGGCUAUCAACAGUACAACGGAGCCAUGACCAUGACCAAUUCCAAUCCUCUUGCCAACAUGCAGAACCUCAAAGCGACCUUGCCACCUUCUGCUUCUGUUGAGACUGAGAUGAGUGCAGUCAAUCGUCCGGGAUACAGCAGUCCUUUGAUGGUGUUGCCAUCCGGUCAAGCCGUGCCGCUCCCCAGCUUCUACGGCCAGAACCAGACCUCAGCCGGAGAUGGUGCCUCCCAGUUGCCUUACGUUCCCACUGGAAUGUUUCCAAGCUUCAUUGGCAACACCAACAUGACUACGAGCACGCUCCCAGGAUAUGGUUGGCCAUACAAUCUCGCAUCCAACGUUGCCGGGUUUGAUCCAGGUCGUCGAGGCUCCUGGUCUUCAAACGAAGAGAAUGCUCCCAACAACCAAGCCGUUGCACUUCAAGGUCAAUCGGACUACUACAACUCCAUGCCCUAUCUAUCGGCGACGCCUGCCAGCCAACACUAUAUUGCCGGACCUAUUCAACCCAUGAAGUGCCAGGACAACAAAUCCUACGAGAUGGUCAAUCUUGAUGAGCUAGUCAAUCGUGAUCCUCCCAUGCCUCGCGCAGUGCCCGCUAUGUGGACAAACCAAGAAGAACUCAGCCUGGCCAAAUGUCUUCAGAACCCUGAGGGUAUCACCAAUGUUUACAUUCGUGGCUUCAUGCCGGAUACCACUGAUGAGGAUCUCGAACGUUGGGCUUCUCGCUUUGGAGAGAUCGAAUCAUGCAAGGCCAUCAUCGAACAAGAUACUGGCAAGUGCAAAGGGUUCGGGUUCGUCAUGUACUAUUCUCCUGCUGCAGCAGAGAACUGUAUCCGCGGUUUCUUCCAUCUUGGCUUUCAAGCCAGCUAUGCCCAGAAAUCUCGCAAUUCUCGACUCAAGGACCUUGAAGAUAAGAACUCCACCAAUAUCUACUGCACCGGGGUUCCCAUUGACUGGAACGAAUCGGACCUGGCCAAACACUUUCUGCCAUAUCACGCCGUCUCCACUAAGAUCUGCCGCGAUGCUCCGUCCGGAGUCAGCAAAGAAGUUGGCUUUGCCAGAUUCGAAACCCGUGAGAUUGCAGAACGUGUCAUCAAGGAGUUCCACUCCGUCCUCAAUGAGCACGACGGCAUCAAGUUGUUCCUCCGCUUUGCCGACACUAAGGCUCAGAAGCAACUCAAACAACAGAGUCAAGAACGUCGCAACUGGCGCAGCCGAGAGUACAGCUAUUCGGUUGAGCACACUCCAUCUCCAACUCUUUCCCGACUGCAGAACAUGAACAACCACAUCAGCCCGAACGGCAGUUACCAGUCACCUGCUGGAACUACCAAUGGCUUCACUCCAGCGACGUCAGUCUCUCCGCCUGAGCUGCCAGGUGUCAACAACAAGGCUGUGAACAUGGUUCGCAACUCCACGUCGACUUGGCCGAUGCAAGGGGGCCUGCAGUCAAUUACCAACUCCACCACUGUUCGAACCAACCUUCCGGUCAAUGCAACACCUCAUCCUUACAUUGAAGUCCCGUCCAAGUCUGGUGCUUCCAUUGCAAUCAUCGCGGACAAUGGCGACCCAAGCAAGACGACCAAGACUCCAAGUCCCAAGAAGGUCACCAUUAGAGUUGAGCCAGCCAGCGGCAAGGAGAACUACACCACCACUCCUCCGCAGUCCAGCAAAUGA